AUGUAUAAUGCCAAGACAACAUCAGAAAUUGCAUUCCUUGGCGAUUUCAAGCGAUGGCCAGCAAAACAAGUAAAAGAAUGGGCUACAAAAGAAGUUCAAAGUCCUUACAAGUUCCUCCGCAUUUUAAAAUUUAAUUAUUACAUUCUAUUAUUGUCACCAUUAUUAACCACCAUCAUUAUUUCGUUCUAUCCUAAAGGCACCACCUCUAACGUAAUGUCAACACAACAGAAAGCUCGGGAAUUGGUCAAGGGAACUGAUUUCACUGUUGCUCAAAAGAGCGCAUGUUCCACGUUUAUUGAUGAAAAUGAAGCCAAUGCUAAUAUUAUUAUUAUUGGACAACAUGGAAUGGGUUUAGAUGUAUUACAAUUUUUCGCUCAAAAACUCGUAGAAAGAAAUACAUCUAUUCCCUCUACUGCUCCUCCCCAAGGUAAGGCACAUCCUUUUUAUCAAAGCAUCAUUCCCUUCCAUUUCUUCAUUAUAUUAUCAACAUAUCCAUCUCAAACAACCCUUGUUGAUUAUCUUUUGUUUUAUCUCAUCAAUGCACUACCCAUCUCUUUUAACCAAACACAAUCAUUCAACAUCUUGUCAUUUUGUUUGUUCAUCUUUCAUGUUAUUGACCUCUUGUGUUCAUUCAUAUUUAUAAUCCUUUGGUCCAAAUCAAAUACCAUUUCAUUUUGUUUUGCUAUGUUUGUUCCUCACAUUACAGGCCCUUCACUUGCCUCAUUGUUGUUGGCGUACCAAAAGACUAAUAUCUUUCGUAAUUCUUAUUGGAAGACGCAAAGUAAGGAAUUCAAUUACGAUGCCACAAAGCCGAUGUAUUUGAAUGUUGCUACCUGUUCCAAAGGGUUUCACCAACUCCUUGGCCUCCUCUCCUCUGCUCCUUGUUCAAUCCCACAGAGUUUGCAAAAAUUUUCUAAUGGCACCAUCCGUAACCUUGGAUUUGGGAUCUCCAGUCAUGUCUUCGCUGUCACCAACAAUGAUGACAACAACGUUUAUGCAGUCAAAGUUUUCCGCAACCAAGAGGCCAAGACGUGCGAGCUUGCAAUGAUGAAGGCGAUCGAAAAAGUAGACAACGUCCCAAAAUUCAUUCACCAUGAUGCAGAUUGGAUCGCGAUUGACCCUGUUGGUGUACCAUUCACCAUCAAAAACUAUACUCAUUUACAUUUCUCAACUGUAGAUAAAAGUUCUGUGAUAAAGACAUCUUUAUGA